AGUAGGGAAAAUGUCGGCAUCAAAAAAGCACACAUCUUUUGAUCCUCCAAGUUCAGCCAGCUCGGACAGCGAUGUUAACGAUCGGCAUGACUUGGAGCCACUACUUAUCGACCAUGUAGGAGCAAAUGGUAUUUGUAAUGGAUCAACUGACGGACAUGGUGUUGACUAUUGUUGUCCGGCGUCACCAACUACGGUACCGGCAAAGACGGCACGUUCAAAUUCAUCAGAGUCAACAGUACGACCGCCGAGAACAGCACGUCAACGACAACGAACCACCUCAAUGAGUCAGAAGACAUCAAAUCCGUCGGAAUCAAUUAUUCGUGCCAAUAAUCGCACAAUUUACACAGCUGGCCGUCCACCAUGGUACAAUUGUGCCGGACAACAAGUCGAACCUUUCGUAAUCGGUAUAUGUGGUGGUAGCGCAUCUGGUAAAACAACUGUAGCACAGAAGAUUAUCGAGAGUCUGGAUGUACCAUGGGUUACGCUGCUUUCAAUGGAUUGUUUUUAUAAGAUAUUGAAUGAUAAACAACAUGAUCAAGCACUACAAAAUGAAUAUAACUUCGAUCAUCCAGAUGCGUUUGAUAUUGACCUGAUGAUAGAUGUACUUAGAAAACUUAAGGAGGGCCGAAAAGUAGAAGUUCCUAUUUAUAAUUUCAUAACUCAUUCUAGAGAACCGACAACAAAAACAAUGUAUGGUGCAAAUGUAAUCAUUUUUGAGGGAAUCCUAGUAUUCCAUAGUCCUGAAGUACUUAAACUGUUAGAUAUGAAAGUAUUCGUCGACACAGACGCAGACAUACGCUUAGCUAGACGUUUAAAAAGAGAUAUAUCACAACGCGGUCGUGAUUUAGAAGGUGUACUUAAACAGUAUUCAACAAUGGUGAAGCCAUCAUAUGCUAAUUAUAUUGCACCGACUAUGGUUCAUGCUGAUAUUAUCGUGCCACGUGGCGGAGAGAAUAAAGUCGCUAUACAUUUGAUAGUCCAACAUGUUCACACACAAUUACAGCUGCGUGGUUUCAAACUGCGUGAGACGUUAGCUAAUUCAUAUAUUGGUGAACCCAUGCCAGAUUCCUUACAUUUGCUGCCAACAACGCCACAAAUUAAAGGAUUACAUACCUUUAUAAGAAACAGGGAAACAUCCAGAGAUGAAUUCAUAUUUUACUCAAAGCGACUCAUUCGUUUAGUGAUAGAAUAUGCAUUGAGUUUAUUCCCGUUUACUCCGGUAACAGUCGAGACCCCGCAAGGAGUCACAUAUGAAGGCCAACGUCUUGCUUGUAAAAGAAUUUGUGGAGUUUCUAUACUUCGUGCUGGUGAGACAAUGGAACAAGCAAUUUGUGAUGUGUGUAAGGAUAUAAGGAUAGGCAAGAUUCUAAUCCAAACGAAUCAGGUGACUGGUGAACCUGAACUGUAUUACUUAAGACUACCAAAAGACAUCAAAGAUUUCAAAGUAAUUUUAAUGGAUGCAACGGUUGCUACUGGAGCUGCAGCUAUGAUGGCGAUACGUGUGUUAUUGGAUCAUGACGUUCCUGAAGAAAAUAUUAUGCUUGUGUCACUUCUGAUGGCAGAAAUUGGAGUACACUCGAUAGCUUAUGCUUUUCCAAAUGUUCGAAUCGUUACAUCAGCUCUUGAUCCAGAAAUCAAUGAGAAAUUUUACGUGAUACCAGGAAUUGGAAACUUUGGUGAUCGCUACUUCGGCACAGAACCUUCAGAGGAAUAUAUCUCAUAGUUGUUAAGUUCAUUGCAUCAGGGUCAUGAAUGCAUAUUUUCCGCUGCAUUCGGAAAGAUAUUGUUCUCGUUAUAAACGUAGCGAGCGGUGCAUGUAAUAACUAAGAAUUAAGUGUUUUAUAGUAGGCUGUAAAUGUCUAUUUAGUGUCUCGUUUAAGUCUAAAGUGUUCUUCGUAUUUUUUUACAAUUUUAAAUUCUGACGAAUAAUGUGAAAAUCGGGGUUAGUCAAUUCUCCUGUUUUUCCUAUGUUUUAUAUAUUGAAAGAUUGCUUUAGUAUCUUUUUCAUCCCGCAAGAUACAUUGUUUAACAGAAAUGCUUGAUGGUAAUAUCGUGAGAGCUGAUCAUGAAGUCGAUUCAUAAAUUAGAGAAUGUUAAAUUGUAGUGUUCGUCACCGAGGGUUCUAGAAAACUAUUGGGAAAUUCGAUGUCAUAAUUAGAACGCCAAAUUACAGCUCAGGAGUAGUAAAGACAGCCUAGAAUCCAACAGUCAAUUUCUCUACGCAAUUUAUGUAAACUAUAAUUUAUUGCAAGACAUUACUAUCUACGCUUGCGGAGAAAAUAAAAUUCGAAAAUAUGAA